AUGUCUGACUUUCUUUUCAACCUUUCUCUUCUUGCCUUUGGCAUAAUCAUUCUUGGGGCUACCAUUUACUACUUUAAUGGAGGCGAGAAGCAGCCUCUCCCAGACUUACCAUGGCUCAAUACCAACGAGGACGAACGCUUCACUAUAUUGAGAUCGCGAUAUCGGUCACUAUUUAAUUUCAAACAAACCAUUGACGGUGCUUAUGGAAAAGUAUGCUACUCGAAUGGUGGUCUUUCGUAUACUGACACUGAUUCACCCCAGUACUCCAAGCAAGAGUUAUCGUGCAUACUACCGAGUCUUGCUGAUGCGACCAUUCUGCUACCUGCGUCGCACGCUGCUUGGAUCGUCAGCCAGCCAGAGACGAUACUGAGUGCUACCGAACCCCACGUAGAACAGCUUCAGACACAAUACACCUUUGUGCACUCCUGGAUUGUUCAGAACCCUGUACAUCACGAUGUCAUCAAAGGCGAGCUUACACGCCAGAUAGGAUCUCUCACGAUGGAGCUCAUGGACGAAAUCUCAGUCGCAUUUGAUGAACUGUGGGGAACAAAUACGGAGGAAUGGAAAGAAAUCUGUGUUUUCGACACAGUCAUGCAGGUGGUCGCCCGCGCCAGCAACCGCGCUUUCGUUGGCCUUCCAUCUUGCCGCAACAAGACCUUACUGGAACAUGCCAUGGGGUUCGCGUCGGCGGUUCCUCUUGCCGCCGCAAUUCUCUCUCAAUUACCGGAAGCAUGUCGUCCACUCGCUGCUUUACUCAUCGCCUAUCCAAAUCGAAAACACACCAAAGGUUUCGCUCAAAUUCUGCGCUCUGAGAUCGAACGACGGAAACAACUACUUGAUGCACAGAAUGGUGAAAUCGAAAAGAAGAUUGGUGACGCUGAGCCCAACGACUUUCUACAAUGGUCACUACUUCGGGCCCGAAAAACCCCUCAAAGUGUCGAAUACGAGUCGGAUAUCAUAGCUGAGCGGCUGCUUUCACUCAAUUUUGCGGCCAUCCACACUUCGACCUUCAGCAUUACCAACGUCAUUUUUGAUUUGUUGGCCGGUGAGUCAUCUCGAAAUUACCUCGAUCAACUAAGACACGAAGCCACUGCAGUAUUCAGCAGCAAUGGUAACACCUGGACGAAAAAAGGACUGGCAAAAAUGUACAAGAUGGACUCAGCCUUGCGAGAAUCAACACGUCUGGGCUCAUUUCUUGGGAAAGGACUGCUACGCAAGGUCAUGGCACCACAAGGUAUCACCACACCCAAUGGAACACAUUGUCCCUAUGGAAGUAUGGUAGCAGUACCUAGCAACGGUGUUCAUAACGACCCCGAAUAUUAUCCAGAUGCUGCUGUGUUCCGACCAUUUCGAUUUUCGUCUGAACGACAAUCGAAUGGGACUGACGAUGAUUUCAGUUCAGGGGACGAGAGGACAAAAUCGGACGACUACAUCCGGAAAGCUAAUUUGAGCUUCGUGAGCACAUCACCAUCCUACCACCCCUUUGGCCACGGCCGACAUGCCUGUCCCGGUCGCUUCUUCGCCGCAAACGAGCUGAAGCUAAUCCUUUCGUUCAUGUUAAUGAACUACGAGUUUGAGCCACUCAGUCAGAGACCAGCAAGUAAAUGGUUAGGCCAGAACCUAGUGCCUCCUACGACAGCAACGAUCAAGAUUCGAAGAAGGUCUGGAAACCCCACAUAG